UUUAUUUUCUUUUUUUUUAUAUUAUAUAUCAUGCCUGCUGAUUUACCUUUAUAUAAAUCAGAUAGUUCUACACUAUUGAGGCGACCUAAACAAAAUAAAAGACUUAUUAUAGCAUUCGCUUUGAUUGGUGUAUGUUUUAUCUUUUAUCUCAAUGCUCGUUUGACUGCCUCCAAUUCUCAAACUGACCAAGAAACUUUACCCACUUCCAAUAGACCUAACUAUGAUUCUUCUGAACCUACCUCUCAACAACAACAACAAGAUGACUAUUUUCCUUCUAUAGUACCUCAAGAAGAAGCUAAUACAAGUGAUAACAAGGACACAUAUUCACCAUCCACUCAUUCUGAUUCUCAUAAACCUAUGACCCAACCUUUUGAUGAUGAAACAACUAUGAUUGAUACUGUCAUCAACACUUCAAAGCAUUAUCCUCAACUUGUGCUUAUCACUUCCAAUGCUGUUUCUAUGGACCGUCGACGCCUGAUACGUGAAAAAUACUUUGGCCUUCGUGAUAAUUUACUUCCCUGUAUGACUUAUAACGCGGAUGUAUACUACAAAUUCUUGAUUCAUGGUGGUGCUCCUCAUGCUGAUACUCCUAUUCGUCGUCAAUUUGAAGCUGAAAAAAUGGAAUGGAAUGAUAUUGUAGAAUUAUCGACUGGUACUUCAUUGGAUCAAGUGGAUGUACUAGAAUGGGUGGAAACUGAUUUGGCAGAUCAAGGCAUUACAUAUGAUUAUAUGAUUUUACAAGACAUCAACACGUUUGUGCAACUGGAUAUCAUCAAACAAGAACUGGAUUCUGGUGUGAUUAGCGACAGUUUGGAUUCUCCAUUUUCCAUUAAUCCUGAUGCACCUACUAAUCUUGUAUGGGGUAACUUCCGAGGUGAUGCCGGUGACAAGGAUGCUGUGGUGGUAGGCGCAAGUGCUGUCAAACUGGCUUUACAGCAUCGCAAAGAAAUCGAGGCUGCAAGUAACAAAGGUGAACCUAUCCUGACAAGUAUGUACAAAUAUUAUCAAGCUUACACUGAUACAACUGAGGCCGAUAAUGACGACACUGCUGCUGAUGAUAAUAACGUUGCGGAGCAAGAGGCGUUGGAACGUGGACAAUUGAUUCCUGAAUUUAUACGUGAAGAUGGUCCUGAAGGUAGUCAUCGGUUCAUUCAAUGGGAAAACAACGUGGAAUCUGUGCAUCCUGAAGAUAUUGCGGUGACUCGUGUAUAUCAAGAUUUGGAAUUCUCUGAAUUGUCUCUUUGGACUCGUUUAAAGCCUGUACCCGUAUGCCAUCGUGCUCAAUCUACUUCUGGUGGACCUACUCGACCUUUGGAUGAUGAUGAAGAAGUAACGGCACUUUUGGAAGAAGAACAUACUGAUUUGGACUUGGCAACAAAUAACAACAACAAUGAUAAUGAUAAAGCUUCUUCGAUGGCAGUGGUAACAUCAUCAUUUAUCUAUGAUGCAUGUAUGGAACCUUCAGCAACGCGAGCGGCCAUGAACAAGAGGGAUUAUGCUUUAAAACAUGGAUACUCAUUUGUGGCACGAUCUGCCGAAUUUGCACAAGAAUCAGCUCGUGGACAACGCAAGACAGUAUGGGGCAAGAUCGACGUAGUAGAAAAAGUACUUCCCAAGUAUGAAUGGAUCUUUUGGUUGGAUAUGGAUGCAGUGGUGAUGAAUCAAGAUCGACAAUUGGAAGAUAUAUUGGAUCAAUGUCGUCAAGCCUAUCCUGAUGGUCCUGAAGCGUUUGAUGAUCAAGUGGACUUUGUGGUAUCUCGUCCUACUCGUGAUCCAAUGAUUAAUGCUGGUGUUUUCCUGAUGCGUAACACUCCCUGGGCUAUGCAAUUCCUUCGUGAUGUGCAAAAGACGACUUUUUGGUUUAACAAAGGUCCCUCUUACGAACAAGGUGCUAUGUGGGAUAUCAUGCGAUUACCCGAAAACAAACAAAAGGUCUUCCUUCUUGAUCGUGAUGAUCAUACAUUCAAUACUUUCCCCAAGUUUUAUAAUUCUGGUGAUUUUGUCGUCCAUUUCGCUCCUGACAAAUGUCCCAAUGAUGCUACUAUCAAAGGUCUCAAUGCUGCUGACAAAAUCUUGACUGGUGGUGCCGUGACUAAAUUGGAUUUAGAAUAACUUUUUUUUAUUAUCAUUAUUUUUAUGUUGAUUCUUUUUUUUUUUU